AGUCACUAUGAGACGGCCACCGCGGUAGCACGCGGUACCUUACUCGCCUUUACGCUUUCCGCUAAACAGACACGAUUUCACCGCCCGUAAAAAGUUACGAUGGAUUAUUUUAAUGCAGUUAUAGUUAUUCCAGUGAUACAGUUCAUGUUAAAACUAAGUUUUAAGGACAAAUAUUAAGUUAUGAAGUUAAUUCAAUGCUAAAUCUGUAAUGUUUAUUUAAUCUUUGUGAUGAUGAGAGAUCCAACUUUGAGAUUUUACAUUAACAAUUGAAGAACACUACACAAUGCACGUGGUUCACAGAUAGUACAAGAAUCUGUGCCUGACACAUACCAAAAUUGGAACGUGAAGGAGUCGAGUAUGGACGACGUGGCCUAUUGCAUACCGGAGGGGCCGGUAUUCCAACGAGCUUAUGUUCGAGUCCAUGGGUACAUAGCACUGCUUAUCUGCCUCUUGGGUAGCGCAGCCAAUUCUGUAAACAUUGCCGUGCUCAGUAGAAAAGAAAUGAUCUCAUCGACGAAUUCCAUCCUGACCGGACUGGCAGUCGCCGACUUGCUCGUCAUGAUCGACUACAUUCCCCUGGCGCUCCACGUAUAUACAGAUAUAUGUGCAGAACUCAAUCGAAAUUCGUAUGCGUGGGCUGUUUAUGUAUAUUUUCACUCCAUAUUCAGCCAAACCUUUCAUACGAUAUCUAUUUGGUUGACGAUCACGCUCGCUGUCUGGAGGUUCAUAGCAAUAAAGUUCCCUCAAAAAAAUAGAACGUUAUGUAACAAGAAGAACACUAAUAUAGCUAUAGCUGUGGCGUACGCUGUGUGUCCAAUACUGUGUCUUCCUAUUUAUUUUGCUAUGAAAAUUCGAAUCAUUCCUUCAAAGCAUGGAUAUGAUAAUACAACGCUUAACGAUACAGACCUGAUUUUAAACGUCACAGAGAGUAAAGAGCCUGAGUACGCCAUAGUGAUGACUGAAAACGAAGAGCUGCUGACCGCAAUCUUCUGGAUUUACAGUGUAUUUAUAAAACUUAUCCCAUGUGUAGUGUUGUCCAUACUAAGUGUUUUGCUCAUUCUCAAAAUGAAAUCAAGUGAUCGUAGAAGACAGAAAUUAUUGAAGAAAUCAGCAAUAACAAGUAACGAGGGUGAGAAAGCUCGGUUAAACGAGGAUGGUGGGAAGCGAGGAGGCGGCGGCGGCGGUGGCCGGACGGAUCGUACCACGAGGAUGUUGGUCGCUCUACUCGGCCUCUUCCUCGCCACAGAGCUGCCUCAAGCUAUCUUCGGCCUACUCACCGCCAUAGCUCCGCAUCUCUUCACAGUCUGUUACUAUGCCUUCGGCGAGGUGAUGGACUUGAUGGCGCUGGUGGGGUCUGCAGUGAACUUCGUGCUGUACUGCAGCAUGAGCCGGCAGUUCCGCUCCACGUUCACGAGGCUGGCGCGGAAGGUGCUGCCGCUGGGCACGCAAGGCGAGCCAGUCACCGCGCUGAAGGCGUAGCGCUCCCGAAACGCGACCACUUCGGUCGCGUACCUAUGAACUAUUCACGAGGUACCAAACCUUACACGAACACACGUAAACACGGCUCAUUGAAUUCUCUCGACAAACUCUAUUACAAUCGUUUGAAUAACAAAACGAAUUACAUUAAAUUCAAGUUUGUUUUGGACUUACUAAGUGAAUGAAGUGUGGAGGCGGAUUUACUCUAUAACAAUGGAAACGAACUUUUUUAAUUUCGUAAGUAAAAGUUAAAGCGGUGCUUACUGUUCAACAUGUUUUAGUAAUUAGUUACUAGAGAUUAAAGCUACGAACCAAAUUGUUUUAAUGUUUAUAUGAACUUAGUUAUGUUUAAGCAUUGUUGUACAGUUACCAGUAAGUUUAAUGGAGGUUAUACUUAGCGUACUUUUUGUCUAAGUUAAGGAUAGAUCCGAACAUCAAAUGUGUUGGUAACCUUGUUUGGACUUAUCCAGACAGUUUGUUUAUUGUUUUAUCCGUGUUUGUUCUAAGAGAAAUGUAAGAGUAAGUAUUUGUUGUUAGUAGAUACAUUACAUGAAUUAUUGAGCUCUCAAGAACUAAGGAUAAGAGAGCUUAUAAAGGUGUAUAGGUACAUAAAUUAGUAGGUAAAAGUAAUCAAAAUUCGUAUUCACGAAAAUUUUCCAAUAUGUAGAAUUUGCAUGAAAAGCAACAUAAGUUUAUUACGUAGGAGUACUUUAACCCUCUUACUCGUGAACGUGACAUCCAUAAACCCUUUAUAAAUACAACUUGUCAAUUCUGCUGUUAGACAGGUGUGUUCGACGCCAUUUUAGAUUUAGGAACUUGAGACGUAUGGAGUCAGAGGGUUAAAUGUUUUAAAACUAGUCAUUUUAUAAUGUUAAUUGUUAUUUUGUUUAUAGAGUUACAUUUUGAUUUCAUUGUCUUGGUUUAUAAUGGUUUCAAAGGAAACAGAGACUACGUUUUAUUAAAGGUUAACACACAAAGCUAUAAAUAGGAAACUAUUUUAAUUAGUUCUACAUUGCUCAAGCUUUCCACCCUUUAGGCAUUUAACAAAGAAGUAAAAGAACCUUGCUAUUGUACUGGAAAUCUGUUAGUAACUACAUACCUUCGUUAUUUUUCUUUGUUACUUGUUUUAAUCCAACUAAAACGUUUGCUUCUAUUGUAAGACAUUUAAACGUAAAAUUGUCUUCUCAUCACUUUAAUUUUUUCAAGUACAAGAAGUUUAAAUAGAUAUUUGUAAGAAAUUUCUAGAAUGACUGGAUUUCUACAACUCAUUCACGAAAUUUUAUUCGGUAUAACAGAACAUAGUCAGAUAUAAACUUUAUUACCUAGUUUCAUGUUUAUAAAUUGUGCUAAAUUGAAGCAGACCGUUUGAACCGUGAUUUCAAUUGGAUAUGUUCUCUAUAAUAUAAUUAGUUCUGCUGUUAUUAUUUCCAACUAAUUGGUACAACGUUCAAAUACAUGAAAUGGAAUAUCGAGACCUGUGCGCUAUUCAAUAUUAGUUAAUACGAGUACAUCAAUCAUAAAUACGUUUCUAAGUAAAGCUAAAUAAAUUAUAGCGAACGUAAUUACGGAUUGUUCCAUGUUUUCUGGUCACGUCUCCGCGCCUCGGAAGCUAUAAUGAAAUAGAGCCCAAAAGUUUACGGGAUUAAUAUCAUAUUACCUCUCAGAAGUAUUCUUGGAACGCUAAAACAAUUUGGCAAAAAUGUAUUUAAAAGAAUAAACCAUGGGACAUUAGACACGAACUGAAUUAUUUAGUUGUACAAUGCUCGUGGAGUACGUACGAGUACUUGUGUUCCGAAUAACGUCUGUGAAAAUAUUUAGUAACAUACCGUGGCGCUUGGUAAAACAGCUAAACAAUGUAAACACUCAUUUCUACGAGUAAUAUUGUUUUCCGCAGACUUGAGCAAUGCUCAUACUCGUCGUAAACGUAUCUGUGCGACCGUACGGUUGAAUUAUUAACGUUACCGAAAUUCGUGUGGAAAUAACCGAGAACGUUGGCAAAACAUUUAUUUCCACAAUCAAAGCAAUGUUCAUAUCCUGUACGACAUAAGUAAGUACAAAGCCACUAUUAUAGCUGAGCCACGCAUUACAAGUUUUUUCAAAGACGGGUUUUCAUUGUAAACAGCCGAGGGCGGGGUACAUUCGACCUUCGUCCUCUUGCUAGGAUUCCAGAAUGAAUUAAUAAGGGCCCGGCUUGCUGUUUGAGUUCACGGGAAGACCCCAAAAGGUACUUUGCCGAUAUAUUGUUCGAAGUGGAUCUAAUCGAGUGCGAUCUAAAGGGUUGACCCAAUUGACUGCAAAAAAAGUUAUUUGAUGUGACCUAUCUAAUCUUGGUACAUCUUAUAUGCGGAAGUAGUUACAUUACACGGUACAUUUACUAAAGGAACAUCACAUUUUGUGUGUAUCCAAAGGCUAAUAAUAUUUAUCAAUGAAUAGGGUAUCGUAUCGUAUCGUAUUCGAAUUUUCAUUAUUAGACAAAUUGUGGGCGAAAGAUAGUUUCUAAAUUAAUAUUCAUAAGAACUUGUUACCUGAACUAAAUGUGGAUCAAACUAAGAUAAAACAGUAGUGUUCCGAACUCGGCUGAAGUUUCAUUAAUUUUAACUUGAAGUUUAUACUUGAGAGGUUUCCAACUCGCGUUCUUCUACUUCUAGGUAUUAGUAUAACGUAAACAUCAAUCGUUAAAGUAUUUAUUUUCGGGGCUUUAUUUAUGUGAAAAUAUUAUGAGCGAGUUCACUUUAUGUUUGCAAUCUCGUUUAAUGUAUCUACGUAAAAUAAUUAUGAGCACACGUUUACUUUUAUUAACUUCUAAAAUAUACCAAAAGAUUUCUAAAUAUAAGUAUUAUCUUCGGUCAAUGAAUGAACAUGAUUGUGAUGAAUAGGGUAGAGAUCCAUCAGGUAUACCUAAUGUAGAGAAGAAAAAUAUAUUCAAUGUGUUUAUUUUUGUAAAUAAUAUGUCUACUUGUCUUCACCUAAUGUAUACCUAUGUAUUGCAAUUUAUAUAUCUAUUGAACUAAGGUCAAUGUUUUCUUAGGUAGUCAAUUUCUAAUCAAAAACGUUGUACAUACUUUGUAUAUGUGAAUGAGACGUAUUAGUGAAAUAUAAUAGAGAGUAGUGUAAUCUUUGUGUAUAAGAUUUUUUACCAAACUUUAUUAAGGUGUUAACGAUUACGAGCUGUUUGUUAUUUUGUCCAAUAAUAUGUAUUGAGGGAUAAGUAAGAAAUAUCUAUUGUCUUUCUAAUAUCAUGUUUGAUUAGGCAGUGUGACAUACCUCCCUGAACGUGAAAAUGACGCAAACCGAUUCGUAUGAUCGUCGAUAAGUUUUAACAGUUCUCCCCUAGGGCAUCCGUCCCGAAUUUCGACAGUUUGCGAACCGCAUUUAAUGUAUAUUCGAUAUAUGUGUUCCACAAAUACCCGUACGAUGGAAAAUUGAGAAUCUGUAAUACAAAAUCAAUGCUUUCUGUAUAUCUAUCUAUCUAUCUACCGCUGUGGAGAACGUCACAAGAUUACUUUUUAGAAAAUUGGAUUUCUUAACUUGUCAAUAUUCAUAUCAUAAACAUUAUGAAUCGAGGCGUGAAAUUCUGAUGUUAUCUUUAGCUGAAAUGCUUUAUACAUUGACUUAUACAUCUUGGUUGGGGCUAGGGACAUAAAAACAAAAUCCAUCAAAGUUUGGAAUGUUCCCAACUUUCGCAUUAUUUAAUAUGUUGUUUGUUAUUUAUGUUUGCUUAUGUAAACAUCCUGUGGCGUUAUGUAGUUAAGGAAAUAUUUGAAAGAGGCUUUGUGACAUUAGAGAUGCGACUGUUAUUAUGAAAUGUCAAUGAUUUUGAACUUCGUCUUUAAAACGAGGUAUUGGACUUGUGCCAGAUGUCAACUGUAUCCAUGCAGAAUGUCACAGCCGAGGGAAUUAUAAAUGAUCAACAAGUUUGAUCCAAGUAACUUUGAUAUUUUCGUCUAUUUUCAUAAUAAUGGUCUAUUGUGUGGGAGUUAUGGGAAGCUUUUGUUUUAUUCUACGGGCUAACCUUUGAUAACAAUAUCAUGAUACCGAAUACAUAUCGGAUCAUUUUUAUUAUGGAGGUAUCUAGGUGGUCACUGAACCACACAUAAUUAGACAUGAUAUUUGUUGUUACCAAUUGAGUUUUUUUUUUAAAUGGAACACGUAUUAAUGCCGAGACACAUUAGACACCUAGUUUAGUGCUUAUUUUUUAUAAUUCAAAGUCAAGAUUAAUAUUAAAAUAAUUAGAUUUUGUUUAAUUUUAUGACAAUUAUAAGGACGUUUUAAAAUUGUUUUCACUGCCACAACGUGUAUACAAUUUUCAAAUAGAUUUGUCUUUGUGAACAUUUAAGCACUUGUUUUCUUUAGCUGGUGAAACGUUGUUGUAUCAGUGGUUUACUGUUAUAUGGACUACAUAAUACUACAUAUUAUUAUUUUGUAUUUAAGUAUCCGUUAGACCUUUGAUGUAAUGGUAAAGAGAUGAAUAUAAUCCUCCUAUUGGAUACUAUUGUCUAUUAAUUAAUGUCUUGACAUCCCUUUGUACCUCAUUGCUGUAGACACAGUUGUACAAAGUACCAAAGUCGUCAUUUUCUGCGCUGUUAAUCUUGGGAAAUUGUCUCCGUCAUUGAAAUGUAUUGUAGUAGGUAGGUACCAAAUUAUAUGUAAAUUUAUUAUGAAAACUGUACCGUAGCUGAUAAAAAUGCACUAAAUAUGAUGUAAUGUACCAAUAUAAGUGAUGUUGUAAAUAAAGAUGAUCAAUAUUUUUUAUUAA